GUGCACAUUUUGAACCGCUACCGCUAGGAAGAGCUAGCGGAGACGGGGAUCUGCCUCUACCUGGCGAAGGCGGAGGCGAUCCAAAGAGCGAGUCAUCUUCGUCAUCAUCUUCGUGAAGAAUUGUGUCGAGGUCUGCUCGCAUGACAUCCGGAUAUCGCGCCUUCAACAUUUAGAGCUUGGAUAUGAGUUUCAAGGAUAGGAAAGCGAUGGAAGGAAAAGCAAGGAUGCACUUGAAAGAAGUUCAAACUCUUCAGAUCGCGCGCAGCGAACCUCUGUUUGAGAGAUGGCCGUGGUGAGUUAUAGAUGUCUCUGGUAUGUUAUGCUGAGCGUGCCUUGAGUAUGUGUAGGUAUGUGAACGAAGAGCGGAGGGUGGUGAGUGGAUGGUGAAGAAAGAAAUGAACAUAACGAAAACAGACUCGUGGCUGAUUCAAGUAUCGUACCAAAUUGUCUCGGCGCUAAUAUCCUUUUUAGGAAACUUCAGGACAAAUUAUACCGAGUGAGGUCACUAUGACUGAGAGACCUUUGCACUUUAUCUCCCAAACCCUUAUGUGGCGGCAGCUCCUUCCUGUCUGUGUUCCUCGUCGUGGACAACGUUGAACAUUACGAGCGAGUAGAUUGUGAUCGUACGCGAUCUUCAAACACGUUUCAAUUGAUCCUACAAAGCACAAUCCUUCCUAGGGCCGCCUUGUAUAUAUGAAAUGGCCAACGGUCGUCCUCAACCUCACCUCUCGAUUCCACCACGAACUAGACCUUUAUCCAAUCCAUCUCUGGCGACAGACUCGUGGAAUUUCCUUGUCACACCUCCACCCGAUCGUGAUCCUCUGAACCUCUGGGCAGAUGAUCCUCAACGUUCUUCAUUUGGACUUGCUUCCCCAGACUCUACAUAUCCAUUCGAUCCUAGUUUUCCUGAACCAGAUACAUCACUAUUUGAACGUCCCCCGAGUAGAGCUGCGAGUGCCUACGAAUCUAGUGGCGCAUAUCAUGGAUAUCCGGAGCCACACUUGUAUCGGUCUACUUCACAUAGGGCAUCACUUAGGCCCUCCAUCAGUCAACGUUCCUUAGGGCAUAGGCACGCUCGCAGUGAAGUGCAAUUAACGUCGAGCCCAUCAGUGGUUCGAGGCGAGUCAAGACCUCCUUCCUUCAUAGGCAGCGAUGAGAGUAGUCCAGAGUCCACUGUCGCAGUGCUUUCGGAUGAACUAUCUAGUUUGACUUUUGCCUCUGAAGAGGGCCUUCGGAAGUUUCAGAUGGGUUCACUGCCAGAGAGUGACGAGGCGUGGCAUCGUCUUGUCCCACCAGAAGCGCGUGAAGUGCUCGAUAAGAAGGAAGUCCUACGACAAUCGGUCAUCUUUGAGGUGAUCAAAUCCGAAAGGGAUUACGUCCAGGACUUGGAGCUCGUGAAGGAUGUUUAUAUUUCCCCUCUACUAAAUUUGCCCGUCAUAUCAAGGAGCCGGCUCCAGGGUUUCUUAUCCGAGGUCUUCUAUAACCUAGACGAAAUUCUUGCGCACCAUCGUCGGUUGCUCGACCAACUUUUUGAACGACAACGUGAGCAACAUCCCUUAAUACAGAGUAUCGCUGAUAUAAUUCUCGAAACUAGUCUCCAAUUCCGUCAAUCAUACGAAGCCUAUAUCAAACAUUACCCUCUCGCAGAAGCCCGGCAUCGCACUGAACUCCGUCGUAACCCAAAAUAUCAGUCUUUCUUGUCACAAUGCGGCCACCACCCGCGUGUUCGCAAACGGGAUCUCAACACCUUCAUAACGCGUCCAGUAACUCGUCUACCUCGACUGACGCUAUUACUCAGCACUAUGCAAGGUUACACUGCGGCCGACCAUCCUGAUCAAGAGACUUUGCCUCUUAUUUUGAGCCUGCUUACUCAGUUUGUCAAGAGCACACAACCUGGUAUCGAGGCUGCAGAGAGCAAGGUUCAAUUCUACGCUCUAUGUGAGAGUUUGGUCUAUCAGAAAGGGGAAAUCAUCGAUUUGGACCUGUUCGACGAGAGCCGGUCGUUGCUUCAUUUGGGUCCCUUGGCUAGAAGAUAUAGAGCUGAUGUGGGAUAUCACUGGGCUGAUCUCAAUGUCGCUCUACUUGAUAACUACUUGCUUCUAUUGAAACCUGAGCGUCGGUCAGGUGGAGAAAUUCGGCAUGUCGUUGUGUCUCGUCCCAUACCCCUCGAAUAUCUCUGCCUCUCAAAUUUCAACUCCCCUACUGAACCCCGCAAAGAGAAAAACAACUCCAUCGACCAACAACAGCCGCAAUCUAGCCGAUCUCUGCUCAGCAGUUUUUCCAUUCGGUCGACUUAUAGGCAGAUGUAUCCGUUUACAGUCCAUCAUGCGACUAGCAAGAUGACUAGGCGGUACACUCUAUACGCGGCUAGUGAAGAGGAGAGGGAUAAGUGGAGAGUUGCACUUGUGGAAGCGAUUGCCUUAAGGAAGGUCAGGCAAGAUGCUAACAUGUGGUUUGCGCCGCACACUAUCAAUGAGGGGUUCUUCAGAAUGCCACCCCUCGGCGGACAAAUACAUAGUUCGAACGGUGUACGGCAUUUCACGGGCAGGAUCAGAUGUGCAGUGCCCUUCUCGAGUGGUGGUAAGAACCUGAUAGCGGUCGGGUGUCCGACUGGCGUGUACGUCGCAGUCCGUGGACAAUCCUCUCAAUUCCGGAAGGUCCUGCAACUCCCCAACCCAACUUCCUUGCACACAAUACCAUCACAUAAUAAAUUCCUUGUCCACUGCGACUCAGGGCUUAAAGCGUACUCACUCGAUCUUCUCGCGCGUGUCGCGAUGCACACUUCUCCGCCUCAACCCCUAGACGCGAGUAGAGAGAACAUCACUGCCGCCGAUGAUUUGGUUCUGUUCGUCAAGGUCGGAAGGUUCGCUGGGAAGAUUUUGGUGCUCUAUGCGACGAAGGGAUUGUGGCAGGUGCAGCUACACAUUGUCACGCCGUUACUUCCGGAUGAAGCGCAACCUCCGAAACGAAGGAGUAUCUCAGGUCUGCUAACGUUCAAACCGUACUUGAAAGAUCCUAUAUCAAUACCGAAGGAUGUACAUGACCUGACUCCGCUUCGGCGGAAGAUAGGUAUCUGUGCCGAACGAGGCAUCCACAUAUUUGAUCCAGAGCAUGUUCUAGCUUGACGACAAAUUACACGAUUAUCCCCAACUUUCUUACCGAGGAAAGCAAUCCUCCGAUGCAGCUGCUCAAACAAAGAUGUUCAGGAGCAAAGCCUCUUGGUCUCGUGAAGUCUGGCGAAGAUGAACUCCUUGUUGUUUUUGAUGAACUCGGAUGCUACAUCAAUAGCCACGGCACCCCCGUACGCCAAUCUGGAUAUCUUCGCUGGGAGACCAAAGCCACAUCCUAUGCGCACCGCGGAGACCACAUCCUUCUUUUCUCACUCGAGUUUAUCGAGAUACGGACACUCCAUACUGGCAAACUCGUGCAAGUCAUCGAAGGCCAAGAUAUUCGUAUGGUCCAUGCAGGUGAUGAGACAGUUUUCGUCGCGAUGAAGGGUCAGAACAGCCUAAACGUCGGGAGUGGUAGUGCGGAUGGAACGGACGACAAACUGAUUGAACUCGUUGAGACGACCGAGCUUGCGGCUCAACAGCAGCUAGUGCAGUCUCCUGCGCUUUGGGAUGAAUGGGAUAUGUGAUCCUAGUGUGAUGGUUAGUAUGAGGUUGUGCUGGAUCUACUGACGGAUAUCCGAAUUGAGUUAUCACUAAAUGAAUUGAAUAUGUAGCUUCGUGGGUGUUGAGUCUUUUGCUUGUAUCGAACAGUACAGUAGUAGCUUACCAUUUGUUAUGUUAAUUCCAUACCCCCUACUUUGUACUCAUUCAUUCGAUGUGACUGUGUCUAAGGCAUCGUUGUUGAAUGCACUGGCAGCGACGUUCAGAACUUCAGAGAGAGAGUCCAGAAUCGAGAUUGCAGAUGUCAAUGCGCUGCAUAAAUUGCACAAGUAAUUAAAAUGAGUUUAUACCA